AAUCGGUGGUGGAGCUGUGGUCCUAUUGUUGUGAUAUGGACAAGGCAUGGGUGUGGCUUCCAAGGGCUAGCCGAGAGUAUGUGGAAGGAGCAACAAAUUUUGUGACUGCAUCAUCAAGGAGGUUGGGGAAUCCAUCUGAAAUUUUCUGUCCCUGCAUCGAUUGCCGCAAUGUUUGCAAUCAACUUGUAGACACAGUAGUGGACCAUCUUGUGAUCAAGGGUAUGGAUAAGAAAUACAUGAGGAAUUCGUGUUGGAGUAUGCAUGGUGAAAGAAAGUCUGAUAUUUCUGAUAGUGUUCCCACAUCAGAAACUGAGGCUUAUGAUUUGCUUAGGACGGCUUAUUUUACUGGUGAAGGCAGUCCACAGCCAUUAAACAUCAUUGGAGGAGAAACUGAGGAGGGGACCUUGUCUGGAUGUAAAGUGAAAGGGAAACAAGCGUGUAAUGUAUGUGGAAAGGAUACACCUUGUAGGUGGUUGAAGAACUGUCGAAAGUAUGUGUAUAUGGGUAACAGAAAGCGACUCAGACCUGGACAUCCUUACAGACGCAGAAAAGCAUGGUUUGAUAACACUAUCGAGGAAGGCACUGCAAAAAGGGUUCAGUCUGGUACUGAAAUAUUUGACAUACUGAAAGACUUCAGGAAUGAUUUUGGAAGAGCUUUAGAUAAGGAAGCUAAAAGAAAAAGAUCAGAUUUGUUAGAAGAUGAGGCGGUUCCAGAGGAAGAGUGUGAUGAAAGCACUGAUCAGUGGCGGUGGAAGAAGCGGUCAAUAUUGUUUGAGUUAGCUUACUGGAAGGAUUUGCCGGUGCGUCACAAUAUUGAUGUGAUGCAUGUGGAGAAGAACUUGUCUGAUGCUAUGUUGUCUACACUGAUGCAAAGUGCCAAGUCAAAAGAUGGCUUGAAAGCAAGAAAAGACCUGGAAGAUAUUGGAAUCCGAAGGCAUCUGCACCCAGAGGUACGGGGAAAGAAAACAUAUUUGCCUCCAGCAGCUUACUGGAUGUCUAAGGAAGAGAAAAAGGUAUUUUGCAAGAGGUUGUCUAAUUUCAGAGGUCCUGAUGGUUAUUGCGGGAAUAUUGCUAAUUGUGUUUCAGUCAACCCUCCUGUGAUUGGGAGUUUGAAGUACAUGAAAACACUUAAGGCAUAUGUAAAAAACUAUGCAAGACCAGAAGCGUGUAUGGCUGAAGGAUACUUGGCCGGAGAAUGCAUUUCUUUCUGCUUAGAGUUCCUACAGAAUUCUGUACCAGUGCAAGAAGCUGUAAACCGUAACGAAGAUGUUGAGGCUGAUGGAAGUGUUGUUGAAGGCAGACCAUUGCAUAAGGGUCGAGAAGUUGUCCUUUCAGAGAAAGAGAGAGACAUAGCACAUCGAUAUGUCUUGAUGAACUUGGCAGCUGUGGAUCCCUAUGUGGAGAUGCAUUUGGAAGAAUUGCAGUCUCAGGAUGCUCGAUGCGCUAGAAAUGAAACUAUUUUAUGGAAAUAUCAUACAGAUCAGUUUGCCCAGUGCAUAAAAAAAAAGAUUCCUUCUAAUUCAAAAGAUCACUCGACGAAGCUUCGGUGGUUGGCAUUUGGACCUAGACUAACUGCUCAUACCCACAAAGGGUUUGUCAUUAACGGGCAUCGCUUUCACACUGAUGACGUUAAGCGAAAGACACAGAAUAGUGGAGUGACUUAUGAAGCUUUUAGCAUGUGUAGAUCUACUGCACGAGACACUAGACAAAUGGCUGACAUAGUUACUUACUAUGGAGUGAUUAAGGAAAUUAUACUUCUGGACUACCACAUGUUCACAGUGCCAUUAUUCAAAUGCAGUUGGGCCAAUAGAGGGUAUGGUGUAAAGGAAGAGGAUGGAUUCACGCUUGUGAACCUUCAUAUGAAUCAAUCGUCAUAUCUCCAAGAUCCAUAUAUUCUCCCAUCACAAGCAAAACAAGUUUUCUAUUCCAGAGAGAAUGACACAUCACCUUGGUAUGUUGUUAUGAGGGCUCCUCCUAGGGGCUACCACGAGUUGGAGACAGAGGAAGAGUUUGUUGGUGCACCUUUAUCACCCCAACCAGUUGAUGAUUUAGAGAUUCAAUCUUCUGAUGAUGAGAGUUUCUAUGUUAGGGAGGAUUGUGAAGGGAUCACAGUUGCAGAAGGAGGAUUAGUCCGUCGAAGUAAACGUCAACAAGGCUUGGAUGCUGUAACAGUCAUGCAGCGGCCAAAAGCCACCAAAACAAAGAAAAAAAGAAUAGGAGAAGUGAUGACUGAUGUUGUUAACCUUGAGGAAGCUGAAGAAGCUGUUGGUGAUCUUGUUCAAGAUGUUCAGAAGUCUGGUGAUAUAGCUGCUGAGGAAGUUGUUGGUGGUCCUGUUCAAGAAGUUCAGAAAUCUGGUGAUGUAGUUGCUGAGGAAGCUGAUGGUGAUCCUGAUCAAACUGUUUCUGAGAAAGAAGUUGCUAACACUAGUCAACAACCUUUUGAGCAAGUAGAUGCUCAAGAUGAUGAUGAGACUGUUGAACCUAUGGCAGUUGAAACUGACAAUAUGAAUCAAGAUUCUCAACCUGUUGCAUCUGAACCUAAUGCUAGGGAAGAUGACUCUCAGCGUACUGAUGCUGGAACUGAGAUGCGUAGCACUUCAGGACUAGGAACACCGCAGUCAGCUCCCACUAUAAAGAAGAGAAGAGGGCCGACCAAGAUGCGUAAAGUGGCUAAGGAUCCUCAGGACAGGGUUGAAGUGUCAUUCACUGAGCUUGGUGAACAUGUAGGUCCUGGUUCAGUGACACUAUCAUCAUUUGUUGGUGCUAUUGUGCGUGAACAUGUUCCGGUAACACUUGAUGAUUGGAGAAAACUGGAUAGUCAGACAAAGGAUACACUUUGGGAGGAAAUACAGGGGAGGUUUAAUUUGCAAGAAGAGUGGCAGAAAGAAUCUGUUUUCAAGCAGAUGGGUUGUAUAUGGAGGUCUUCAAAGUCUAAGCUCCUAGGUCUAGUUAGAGAUGCAAAGAGUAGCACAGAGAGAAUGAAAUUGAAACCAAGCAAUAUCCCAUCUAUUCCAGUUUGGAACUCUUGGAUUAAGAGUAGGACUAGCACAGCUUUUAAGGAAAAAAGUAACAAGUUCAGGGCAUUGAGGAGGGCUCAGAUUCCCCACACUACCAGCCGCAAGGGAAUGUUUCGUCUAGCUCAUGAAAUGAAAAAAAAAAGUGAUGACCCUAAAAAGAUCACUAGGAGUAAGGUUUGGAUAGCAGGACACACUCACGCUGAUGGUAGACCCGUGAGGCCAGAGUUUGCUGACACUAUUGAACAAAUACAAUCACUUGAUAGUCAAAUGGACUCCACAUCAGGUGAUAACAUAAGAGAAGAUGCUGUCAGUAAAGUGUUGGGAAAAGAAAAACCUGGACGUGUCAGAGGGAUGGGCAGAGGGAUAACUGCUACCAAGCUAGCUUUCAUUCAGGCUAGAGACUCUAGACUUGAAGAGUUGCAUAACGAGGUUGAAGACUUGAAGAAUCAGAUCCGUGACUUGGCUGGAAAGAAUAAAAACUCUGGUGCUGGGACUUCUCAAUCUGAGGUUAGUGAUGUAGGCAAAGGAGUUAGGUGUCAGAUACUGGAUUGGUAUGCGAAUAAAGAUAUUGUUGUUGGUGAGGGAGAAUUUUGCUCUGCUGAACCUCAGUAUCGGAUUGGCCGCAUUCCACUGGGUGAACACGGCGCAGCGGUCAUCGUCACUUCUGUAUCAGUUCCAGAAGCAUCUCUUUGGAGGCCAACAGCAGAUGUGUUCUUACUUCAGCAAGCUUUAGGAGUUAAGAUUGCAUGGCCAGUCGAUAAAGUUAUAUUGGACAGCGGAUUGGACAGCCAGAAUAACUCAGAAAAUACAGGUGGAUGCAAGGAUACUGGUACAGAUGAUGACCAGCUUGGUAGAUGCAAAGUUUUUGAUUGGAAAAUGGAUGAAGUUAUUGCUGAGGGUGUUAUAUGUUCCACUAACAAAGAUGAGCUGAUCGAUAACAUACCUUUGGGUCUGAAUGCUGUUAUUCUGAUAGUUGAUUUGGUCCUUAAACCUGAAGCUUGUUUGUGGAGACCAAGUCCCGAAAUGUUUGUGAUGGGUGAUGCAUUGAAAACAAAGAUAGCAUGGCCAGUCCAUAGGUUAGAAUUAAUGGAUGCACCUGAAGAGGCAGUAGGGAGAAAAUCAUCUACUCCGAGUGCAAGUAACACAAUCAGGACAGGCAAAGGAGCACAUGAAGUAGGCAGAAGACCAUCUACUCCGAGUGUGAGUACCACCAGCACAGGUAAAGGAGUAAAGAAGAAGUGCAUCCUGUUAGACUGCAAUAACUCUGGCCGCAAAGUUGCAGAAGGCAGAGUGUGCUCCACUGACCCAGCUGUUCUUAUCCAUCACGUCCCAUUAGGUCAGAAUGCUAGCAAAGUGUGGGUAGAAGUUUCUAAGAUUGAUGAUGCAUGUGUGUGGAGACCCAAUUCAGAAAUCGAAUACAUUUCUGAUGCAAUAGGCACUACAGUGGCUUGGCCAAAUGACAAACUCUUGUUCAUCUAAGCUUUCUAAGUAUAAUCUCGAUUUCAACUUUUUAGUACUCAUAGUCAACAAACUAAGUACUUAUUUUGUAUGUGUUUUUGGAUAAGUUUAUGCUUUUUUUUUAUCAGUUAUAUUUAUCUUUUUAAAUAUAGAAUGCAAAAGUAC